AAGGAAUACUUAGGUUGUUUCCAUAUCUUGUCUGUUAUGAAUAAUGCCGCAGUGAACAUGGGGGGUACAGGUACCAUUUUUCAUCGGUUUGCUUUUUUGAAGUAUAGUAAACAUACAGAAGAGUGCACCUACCCUCUCCCUCCUUUUUAUUGCACUGUCUGGGCAUGGAGCAGGCCUAAUUUUAAAUUUAAUUUAUUGUUGGAAUAUGGCACGUACGCACAUGUUACAAAAGUCAAAAGGUACAAAGGAUUCAUAGAGUGAAAGCGGCCUCCGUCCCAUGCCUUUUCCCCUAUCUAUCUUUCAGUUCCUCUCCCAGGAAAUUUACCAAUUUCUUCUUCCUGCAAUAUUCUGGAUAUUCUGUGCACAUCCAGUAGAACAUUAGCUCUACAGCAGACAAGGUAUUUUACCUGUUUUCUUCCCUGAUGUGUCUCCAGCCUUUAGAACAGUGUCUGGCACAUAGCAGAUACUUCAUGUAUUUGGUAAAUAAACAUAUAAGCGGAUUAUGUAUGUGUUUUCACAAAUAGUUCCCUCCUCAAAGGCUGAAUGAGGGAAAGAGGGGGAAACUGAAGAACCCCAUAGCAAAUUGGUCCCACCUAGGAAGGCAGGGUGCAACCUGGGCCUGCAGGGCCACCGCAGAGUGGGCGGGACAGCCACUGGCAAUGGCAGGAUAGGAUGUUGGGUGCGCCCAAUCUUCUAGAAGAGAGGAGGCAGCCCUUGAAUUCUGGGAUACUAUCGAAGCAAAAACCAGUUCUGUCUUUGGGGCAGGGCCUGGCACAUGGUUGGUACUUUGUUUUUUAAACGAACACAACAGUAGAUAGUUAAUGCCUAUUUGCUGCGUUGACACAUAGUAGAUGCUUCAUGGCUCCUUGUUGAGUAAAUAAAGGGGAUCCCGUGCUCUCCUCCAAUUCUAGGGUCUCAGGGAUGGGCCAGGACGAUAUCUGUACUUGGAGACAGCUGUUUCAGGUUCAGGCCACCUGGUCAGGAGCGACGUAAAGUCACGGGGCUGCGUGAUGUCAUGCGCCAGCCGGUUCUCACGGGAGGCGGCUGGGAGGGGCAGGGCGGAAGGUGGGGGGGGUGGACAAAGGGACCCGAGAACCUCCCCCGCCGGCCCCCAAGCACGCCGGGGCAAGCAGGCCACAUCUGGAAUUCAUUGCCUCUGCAGCCGGAAAGGGGAGGAGAGGAGGGCGGGGCGAGUGGGGGGCCGAGGCGGCGCCUCUCUCCACCCCCCCGCCCCCCCCCCCCCCCCCCCCGCGUACCGGGUCCUGAGCCCCGGGACGCUGCCGAGCCCGGCGGGCAGCCCCAGCCCUAGCCGCGGCCGUCCCGGGGGCGCAGACGCCAAAGCCCCUCUGGUCAGGGCAGGGACCCGGGCCAGCCAAACCAGAUCUGACAGCCCCAUGGCCCCGGCCGGCCACUGAGCCCCACCAUGGGCAGCCUGUACUCGGAGUACCUAAACCCCAACAAGGUUCAAGAGCACUAUAAUUACACCAAGGAGGUGCUGAGCACAGAGGACCCACCCUCCCGCCAGGUGGCCUCGGCCCUCAUCAUCAUCCUGUGCUGUGCCAUCGUGGUGGAGAACCUGCUGGUGCUUAUCGCAGUGGCCCGCAACAGCAAGUUCCACUCGGCCAUGUACCUGUUCCUGGGCAAUCUGGCUGCUUCGGACCUGCUGGCGGGUGUGGCUUUCAUAGCCAAUACCUCGCUCUCAGGCUCUAUCACAUUAACACUGACCCCUGUGCAGUGGUUCGCCCGUGAGGGCUCAGCCUUCAUCACGCUCUCUGCCUCUGUCUUCAGCCUCCUGGCCAUUGCCAUUGAGCGGCAUGUGGCCAUUGCCAAGGUCAAGCUCUACGGCAGCGACAAGAGCUGCCGCAUGCUGUUGCUCAUCGCGGCCUCAUGGCUCAUCUCACUGACUCUCGGUGGCCUGCCCAUCCUUGGCUGGAACUGCCUGGGCAACCUCGAGGCCUGCUCCACUGUUUUGCCCCUCUAUGCCAAGCACUACGUGCUCUGUGUGGUAACCAUCUUCUCCGUCAUCCUGUUGGCCAUCGUAGCUCUGUAUGUCCGCAUUUACUGUGUGGUCCGCUCCAGUCAAGCCGAUGUGACUGGCCCGCAGACACUGGCCCUGCUCAAGACGGUCACCAUUGUGUUAGGUGUCUUUAUUGUCUGCUGGCUGCCCGCCUUUAGCAUCCUCCUCCUGGACUAUGCCUGUCCCGUGCGCUCCUGCCCUAUCCUCUAUAAGGCCCAGUACUUCUUUGCCUUCGCCACCCUCAAUUCGCUGCUCAACCCUGUCAUCUACACGUGGCGUAGCCGGGACCUGCGGCGCGAGGUACUGAGGCCACUGCAGUGCUGGCGGCGGGCAGCAGGGGUGCAAGGACGGCGGGGCGGGACCCCGGGCCGCCGCCUCCUGCCCCUACGCAGCUCUAGCUCACUGGAGAGGGGCACCCACAUGCCCACGUCACCCACAAUUCUGGAGGGCAACACAAUGGUUUGAAGGACAAGUGGGCUGACAACCAGGCCACGGCAGAGGGCUCCGUGGAGAGGCGCCGGGUGACCUUGGACAGAGAUGUGAGGCUCCCAAGCAAGAGGACCCACUCCACAGACCUGGGUGAUACUGAAAAUAUUUCACACCUGGGAUGGCCGGCUGAGGCACCGACCAGUCGGAUGGCAGAACUGCAGCAGGGUCCUGGAGGCCAGUGCAGUGACGUGUGUGACUCCUUCAGAACUGGAUCACGGAAGGUCUGGGGGACCUGGAAAGGGCCCGGGUGACAGCAGGCAGGCACUCAAGAGGAGCUCAGGGCAGGAGCAAUUUACAACCUGGUACAAAGAAUUUCAUUUCACAACUGUCCACUCUGUGCCAAACUCCCCUCUUUGAAUUUAACCUCCUUGCCACCUUUUCCCGCCAACCUCAGUCCACUUCCCUAGACCCACUGUCCUCAGGGGCUGGAGGCCUCCUCCCUGACCAUCUGGGCAGUCCCAGCUAAUGGUUCCCUGGGCCCAAAUCCACAGCUUCCCCAAAUUUUACCAGCUGCCACUUUGGUUAUUUCUUCCCUUUCCUCUUACUCCACAAGAUACCAGGAAACCACGAGGUGGAUGUGGGGUGGGGUGGGGCUGAAUCCGUUCUCAGACCUCAUUGGCCAAUUGCAUUAUUUGGGGUGCAGAGGAAUCACCAAGGGCUAGAAAAACCAGUCUGGGGCGCUGAGGAGGCCUCUGGGUGUCUCAGUGGCACAGGGUAGAACUUGAGAAAGUUCUGGGGGAACUGUUAGUCCAGGAAGCUCUCACCCACCAAAAACAACCACCCCCAAGUUAUACUCACCUCCAGCCCGAGCCGAGGUACCAGAUCUCCUAAGGCAGGGCAGCCUUGAGCCCACCGUGCCUCAUUUCACGUUGAAUUGAAUGGAGCAGGUAGUGGGGGUGCCGAGGACAUUUGUAGGGGUCUCUCCCUUAACUUGCCCCAGAAGGACUUGGCUAAAUCCUGUGGAUACGUGGAAGGGUCAUUGCGGUACAAAUGUAUAUUUAUGUGUGUCUGUCAGUGUCCAUGUGUGUCUGAGUGUGCACAUGUGUGGUGUCUGUGACCCCCUGCUCUUACCACUUUUCCCCAGAAUGGAUGUUAUUUUGUCUCAUGUCUGUGUUGAAGCUGCCAAAGAGGGGUCCGGUCCCUUAGUAAUCUCUAGCUCAUCUCCUCACUUGAGAGCUGGGCUGCAGCUCACCUCGUGGAAAGAAACCUCAUGUGUCAAAAUGAUUUCUUGUGAAUGCAAAGGCUGGGGGUACUAUCUGGGGGGCAAGUAGCCAGUUGGGGGCUUGUCUCCCCUCAUUUGGCUCCCCAGAUAACCCCCCUCCCAUGACAGACCAGGCCCAGGCCAAUAAAUUGUUCAAUUCUC